GAACAGCCAAUGUACGUCGGAAACGGUACCUACCUCGCGUUCCGCGGGAUUCGCAGAAGGCGUCGAUGAGCUGCUAGCUGAUGUAUAUGCCGAGCAGCUCGUACCGAAGGUCUGAUCAGACCGUUAUGGCUUCCGAAAAGGAACCCAAGAAGAAAGGCACAUGGUGCAAGCGCUUGAUGACCCGCUUGGGCAAGCUCUUCCGCUGGAAGCGUUCCAAAAUCACAAACAAGGCCAAGGAGGUCGGCCUCACAGUAGAGAAGCCGGAGGUGCGACGGACGUACACGCCGCGCUAUGCUCACCGCGACGCCGCGCUGAGCAUUCCCGUGACCUACGGCAGCGAGGACACGACGAAUCUGCGCGAAAGAUUGCGUCAGCAGGACUGGGUCGCCGAGGUGUUUGAGACCGACGAGCGUGCAAGGCGAGCCAAGCUGGGCUACGACGGUUCUGGCCCCGCCCGCUACGAGUCGCUGAAUGAUGCGGAACGACUGGCGUUUACAAGCCGCCUGUCGCGCUGCAUGAUUGCACUGCAACGCAUGCCGGAUGCCAACGGCUCGUAUACCCAGUGCCCACCCACUCAUCAAUCUUGCAUGCCUGGCCAAGACUGUUGUCAGCCAGGGUCAUCGAAGGAUGCGCACUUACUCAAUACGCUGCGCUGGCUAUGCGGAAACGAAGGGCAGCAAGGUCCAUCGCAACCGUCCACAAAAAAGUCAGCAGAGCCGCCUCGUCGCGGCUCCUACAUUGCUGAGAUGCAGUCGAACCCCAAAAUGGCGUGUGCGGCUCGCCACAGCCGCACAUCAUUCCAGGGACAAACCUACAGCGAGCUUGUGGCAGAGCGCCGGAGACCACAGUACUGGACUCACAACAGCAGACCGAAUGUGACGCUUACGCGGGAGGAAAGAUGGAGCCUGUCAGAGACUCUGCGGGCGGAUAUCACGAACCGGAAGUCAGCCGGUAUGGCAGCAUAUCCCAGCGGCACGGCCACGACAUCUCCCAACGUGUCUUGCAAGGCCGCGGCUGGUAACCUUUCCAAGCGUGCAAUAAGAGGAGAUUCUGUCCAGGAAGACCGUGGGAUCAACGGCCUCGAGCAUCAACCGGCAGGUGUGCCGCUGAGGCUACCAGAAGCGGUAGCCGAAACGUCAGAGCUACCUUUGUCGAAACCGGAGGACUUAGACAAGUCGGUGCCGUCGUCAAUCGAAGGACCAUCGAGCUCCGGCGAAGUGACGGAGUCAUCUGGUAAGACAUCAGUGGCGAGUAAGACGCCGACCGUGGCCACGGCGCAGACCGAAGUCUCAGCAGGCGGGAAAGUCAAGGUGCAGUUACACUGUGCGCAAAUUGCGCGCAAGAAGAAUGUCAGCGCAGACACCAAGCCGGCCGCAAUCGGGCGUGAAGGGAGGGUCUCUGAGCAGAUUGGACAGCUCGAGGCGGCUGCGGAGACGUGCAAGAGUCGGAAUGGUAUGAAAGCAGCUACACGAAGAAGUAUCGAGUCCUGGUCGAAGACUGGGCUCGGAGACUAGGAUGGAAUUUGAGGUUGUGUCAAGGAAGGGGCAUAAGCACGACAUUAUGGGAAUUUGCAGGCUGCAGUGGAGAAGAUGGAUGAGAGGACUUGCGGUACCACUGAGCACGACUGGCGUUUUCACAGGCAUGCGCAUCAUACUGCCGCCUACA